AUGUUGGAUCCUUCCGUUCGCCUCCGAAAGGCGAUAAUUGAGGGAAAACAACUCAUCGUGUCCCGUUUGUUAGCGAGGUUUCCCGAUUUACUUGAGAAUAUCAACCCGGAAGACGGAUGGAGCAAUUUGCAUCUGAGCACCUACUACAACUACCUGGAAUUGACACAUCUGAUACUGAACCUGGUUGAGGAGAAGAGUGCCAGGAUACACAGCCAUCUUGCCGAGCCUGGUGAGAUUUUGAGUCUGGAAGAUGUGAUUUGUGGAUUCGAGGGUUACACGGUGCUGCAUGUUGCUGCUGUCCAGAAUUCAGAGGCCUGUUUGGAACUGUUGCUCCAAUACUUCCACCUGGUGCUGAAUGCAAAGGACAAAAAGGGCAGGACUGCUUUGCACUUAGCCUCUAUGAAGGGAUACACCGGCUGCGUUCAGCUUUUGAUCAACAAUGGAGCCGACACAAAUCUUCAGGACCAGGAAGGGAACACCCCAUUGCAUCUGGCUGCUUCGUUUGGGCAUUUGGAUGCUAUCAAGCUGCUGCUGUUUGGAGACUGUGACGAUGAAAUGCUCAACAGCCAGAAGUGGAAGGCACUGGAUCUGUGCUCUACAUUUGAACUUCAAAAACAGAUGCUUUCAUUCAAGGCUUCACUGGUGACUGCCCAUCCUCCUUCUGCGCCUGUUUCAGCCUCUUCAAAGUCUUCUCCCAGAGAGCCAACUUCACACCUGAGACCUUAUUCAAAUUCAUUGCCUCCACUACCUGCUAUCACGACAGCUAGGCGAUGCUCUGUCAGCUCGCAAAUUUCUGCCAGCCGGUCUUCGAGUUUCAGCUCGGAGUCCAAUAAGCCUUCAACCCCAUUCACGGAACAUGCCCCUUCAAACUACACAUACCAAUCACCCCUCCAGUCGGAAACGCCACAACUUGCUGAUUUGAUAGACCAAAACUCGAAGUCGCCACUGGUUCCAGCAGUUAAACCCUUUGCGCCCAGUUCUGCCAGAACGCGCACCAUGUCUUCUGCCUCUUCAAUGUCUUCCACAUCAUCACCACCUCACAGCAACACGAAGAGAAAGGUGCUGAUACCAGCACAAUCAAGCGAAAACUCGCAGCUGGUAUUGGGGAGAUCAAACUCUUCAACUUCGUCUUCUCCUACAAAAUCUUCAGUCCAACAGAACACCUCGCCGAACUCAAAGCGGUCUUCCAUGUCCACGAGGACUUUCCGUUCGAAUUCAUCUACAUCUCAGAACUCAGCAGGAAAUGGGACAGGUAAUGGAAUCGCAAAUGGCCAGACGAGUCUUUCGUCUUCCCUGGCGGAACCUAGGUCCAAAAGCGGGAGUUUCAGCUCCACGCUUUCGAGUUUCACUUCCACGUUCAAAAGUCUCGAUAAGAAACCGUCUCAGUCGGGUUCAAGCAAGAUGAGUGCCAUCAGUUUCCGACCCCAAGCUUCGAGAAAGAACAGUGUCGGUAACGACAACCGUUUGGAGAGAACGAGGUCUAUUUCUUCGGCAACUCUCAUAUCUCCGCUGCGGUCCACGAGGACAGCCGCUCCAAGUUCAGCAACAUCGUCUUCGCACAGACAGCCGCUCCUUUUGAAGAGUGCCAAUAACUCGAACAUUUCGUUGGACUCGCAAUCAUCUGGAGCAGAGUCUUUGCCAGACCGCUCUCAGGACUCAUCAUCGACGCUGAAGUCUUUCAAGGCUCAAAAUGCCAACCGACUGAAACUGAGCCUCAAACUCAACACAUUGUAUCAGACAAACACUAACACUUCGGGAGCUGAGAGUGAUGGAAUUAUCGCUAGCCCGACCAGGUUGGAACCAUCGCAUACUUCCAAGAUCCUGAAUAUCUCUAUCAAGUCCAAUAAAAGGAACUCUUGA